AUGGCUGAAGAAUCAGGAAAGAGAAAGAUUGAAUCUAGUGAAAUAUCCAAUGAAGUGAAAAGAACCAAAUCGACCAAUAAUGAUGAAAUGAAACUAUCAAUUAUCAAUGAAAUUACAAGAAGUUUUGAUAGUAGAUUACAGAAGCUUGAAAAUCGAAUUGAGAAAUUGGAAGAGCAAUUACUGUCAGAUGGAAAGAAAGACAACAUAGAAAGGUCCAAACAAAGUGAGGAUGACGAAGAGGAGGAUAACAAUGAUGAAGAUGAGGAGGAAGAUGUAGAUGAAGAUGAAGAUGACAACGACAUCGAUGAGAGCGAGGACAUAGAUCAAGAUAAUAUCAAUCAAGUUGGGUCACCAACUGAACCACCCAGCAUAUCCAAGGAAACUUCAGUUCCACCAGCACUUCCACCUAGAGCUACAUUUGGUGCCAGCUCUUUUGUUCCAAAAAAGUCAAAUGACAACGUUACAUCCAAGCCAGUAUUUGGUGCAACUACUGCAUUUGGGGGUGCAAGUGCAUCAUUUGGGAAAUCAGUUAUGGAUAAUAUGAAGUAUGGACAGCAUGUAUUUGAUUCUUUGCCUUCGAAAUUAGAAGCUUCAAAGUUAGAUGAAGUAGAAAAGAAGGCUGAAAUCAAGCCAGAAACCAAGACCGAAACUUCUACCACUACUUCUACUUUUGGAUCUGGGUUUGGGAGUAAAUCUCGUUUUGGCAAUGCAUUUCAAGAAUCAUUAAAGAAGAAAUCAUUUCUAGAUAGUUCCUCAGAAAAGAAAUCAUCGCCAUCCACCGCUAUGGAUAUCACAACCUCAGACACAACCUCGGCCGGUGGUAAUAACAACAAAAUAACAUCCCCCAAAAUACAGCACGUAGAAUUAACUCCAGUAGCACUGUCCACUGGUGAAGAAGACGAGAUUUCACAUUUCAAUUCCACCGCCAAGAUCUUCGAACUUGAUUUAACUAAUAUAAUGGAAGGAUGGAAAGAAAGAGGAGUUGGACCAUUGCAUUUGAACCAAUCCCGUUCGGAUCAGACAAAAGCUAGAUUAGUCAUGAGAUCUCAGGGACUAUUGAGGGUGGUGUUGAAUUAUAAAAUAAAUAAGAAUACUGAAUUGCUAAAAGGUUUAGAAGCAAGCAUGGCACCUGGGAAAUACUUAAGAUUGAAUUCAUUAAAUGCCGAUGGCAAACCUAUACAAUAUUUGAUCAAGUUUUCUAAUGAGAGUUUGAGAGAUGAUUUGAUUGAAAAAGUUGAAUCCUUGAAGCUGCAGAUGUAA